AUGUCGAAAGAUAUUGGAAAAACAAUAUAUCACUGUAAUAUUUGUAAAAUGUCAUUCUCUAAAAAAAGUCAAUUCGCUCUUCACAAACUUAUUCAUGGAGAAGAUAAGCCAUAUCAAUGUGAUAUCUGUAGAGAGAAACUAUACGAGUGCGACAUCUGUGGUAAAUCAUUCACUUUGAAAAGUACUUUGACCAUUCACAUACGCAUUCAUACAGGAGAGAAGCCGUACCAGUGUGACAUGUGUGGCAUAGCAUUCUCUGAAAGAAGCAGCUUAAGUGUUCACAAGCAAAUUCAUACAGGAGUUAAGCCAUAUCACUGUGAUGUCUGUGAUAAAUCCUUCUCUCGGCAUCAUUACUUAGCUGAACACAAGCGCAUUCAUACAGGAGAUAAGCCAUACCACUGUGAUAUCUACGAUAAACCGUACCACUGUGAUAUCUGUGGUAAAUCAUUCUCUCGGAAUCACACUUUAAUUGAACACAAACAAACCCAUACAGGAGAGAAGCCAUAUCGCUGUGAUAUCU